ACAGGAACUAUGGGGAAUACAAUGAGUGUCCCAGAGGAAGCUGAAGAAGACAAUACAUGCACAGUAAAGAGCUAUCAGGCUCUAUCUGAAUCUCCUGACAAUAUUGAAAAUGGAUCUGUUGCAUUUGUUCAGGCUCAUUCUCCUGCAAUGAAUGGUGAAGUGGAUGCAAAGGCAAGUGUUGCACGGGAUAAUGUGGCCGUUUCUUCCCCGAAGACAAUGGAGCAGAGCCCCGUUCCCGAUGCAGGCGGGCAGAGUCUCGGGAGCGCUGCCAGGAGAGCCCUGCCAUCUGCUAAAUCCCGCUCUGUCUUCGCGUUUUCAUGGUCUGUACCAGGGCGUACUGAAGAUCCAGCUACGGAUUCAUCAGUUGGAUCGGCGAAACUUGAUGUCAGCUCAGAGGCGCCCGGAGUGAACAAAGCACCAAGUGACAGCGUGGAGGUUCCCGCAGCAGCUGCGCGGGAGGAAGGCACACAUAAAAACCUGACCCGGGCCCCACCGGCAGCAUCGCUUCGUGACAUCGAUCUCACAGCUUCAGUGACACCUGAGGGAGAGGAUGCGGCCGCCUCAAAGCCAAAACAAGUAACCUUCUUUGACAGGAUCUUCAAACUGGAGAAGGGAAAGGAAAGGAGUAAAACGCAAAUUGAUACCCAGGAGGAAAGGCAGACUUCAGACCUUCCUGACGGGCACAUCACAGCGAAAGAGGCUGCUGGAUUACAGAGCACAUCAAACAGUGUCCCACAGGGGAAGGAGAUAGAUGACUGCAACCAAAAAGACCUACAGCAGGACUCGGCAGGUGUCAACGGUCUCACUGCUGAGCAACCUGAAAAGGCAGAGGUAAAACAAGACAACCCCCAACCAGCUGCUGCGGUAGAUAACUCCGUCAUGAGUUUCCUUAAAACACUGGUUUCCCCAAGCAAAGCUGAAGCCAAGAGUGAUUCUGAAGACAAGGGAUCGAAAGCGGAAAAAGGCCAUGGUGCGCAACCCGCUCUGAAGACAGCAGCAGAAUCCCAAACUAAAGGAGCCAAGAAAAAGAAGGCAGAGAGUCCCAAGCUAGGACACAGUACAUUUAGUAAACUCUUUAGGCAUAAGGCUGCAAAAGAGACCCAACAGACAACUAAUACCAAAAGCACUGAACAGCAGCCUGUUACCUCUGUAAAAUCAGACAAAAAUGUCCCUUCCUCUCAAGAGCCGCAGGCAACUAAGCAGAAUACAAAAGCCCCCGAGCCUGCAGCCCAACAGCAGGCAGCAGCCACCGAAGCCCCCAAAGAGGUGACAAAGGAGAAAGCAUCAUCCACUCCUAUGCCACUGAGCAAGCUCUUUUGGAAAAAGAACGCAUCAGAAGAAACAGAGAUCGUAAGCAGUGAAAAAGCAGACACAUCUUUAGAAGCUGUGGCUCCUGACAAAGACGAGAGUAAGAGCCCAGAAACCGCAGAGGUGAAACCUAGAAGAGAAGAAAGUAAAACCCCCAAAGCCAACCUGAGGAAGUUUUUUAAGCUGUCAGUCAAGGGUGAUGAAGGGACAACCAGUUCAGAAGAGGUAAAUGGCCCAAGCCCCAGUCACCAAACAUUAAACUCCACAGAGAGGCCAGUUGCCCCAGCUGAAAGUGAACCUGUGAGCCAAAAGAGCAAAGAGAGUUCAAAAGACAAGAAGUCUACAGUGGAGCUGAGCAAGCAGAAAGGCAGCAAACAGGAAACCAGGGAGCAGCCAGACUCCAGGGAGCAGCAAGCAGCCGAGACCGACUCCAUCCAGAACGGAGGAGACGCUUCAAAGGAACCCCCCUUCAAGAAGACAGAGAAGAGGCAGUCACUUGGAGGGUUUUUUAAGGGCCUUGGCUCCAAAAGGAUGUCUGAUGCAGAAGUGCAAACAGAUCCAGUGUCUAUCCUACCUGCUGGGAAAUCCAAGUAA